AUGAACAUCACUCAGACAAAUUUGUGGACAGACUCUCAAGUGACAAUCAUAUGGAUCAAGGCUCAUCCAUCAAGAUUGAAGGAUUACGUACGCAACCGCGUAAUUAAAAUUCAGGAACUCUCAAAGAACGCUCAUUUGAGGUAUGUGCCAGGCACAUCAAACCCAGCGGACUUGGCAUCGCGUGGGAUAUUCACAGAUCAGCUGGAAAAGAACACUCUGUGGUGGACGGGACCACCAUGGAUGACUCAAUCAAUGGCCUCAUGGCCGGAUCAGGUCAAAGAAGCUCCUGAUGACUCAUGCGCGCAAGAAGCUCGUGCUAGUGUCGCACUUCUCCGGGUUAUCAGUGGGAUCUCAUUCACAGAUUCUCAACGCUUUAUAGGUUGCUCCGAGUUACAGCUCUCUGCAGUAGAUUUGUCAAGAGGCUCUCAGGAGAGCUUAACUCAGCAUCAGCAGCUUCUAUCUCUGCUAGCGGGAAGGAAGACUCACGACUCCCUUGGGUCAAGGCUACUGAAUCGGCGUACUUUCAAGAAGAAAUCUCACUGCUCUCACGUCAAGCUCAACUGCCAAGCUCGCACCCGCUCUGUAGGCUCACUGCAUUCAUUGAUGCUGGCUGGCGUUGUGCUCAGGGUGGGCGGUCGUCUGUCGAAGUCUGAACUAAUGUACAAGGCCAAGCAUUCUGCAAUUCUCCCUCGUAACUCCAGGUUCUCAGAACUCGUCAUCGCCCAUGCUCACAAGAAGACGAUGCAUGAAGGCACUCAGUCGACUCUGGCAUUCAUCAGACAACUUUACUGGAUCAUCGGAGGAAGAGGCCUACUAAAGUCAAAUGUUUUCAAGUGUGUGGCAUUGACUACGCUGGAACACUCACGCUCAAGACUACUCGAACCACUCAGCGAUGAUCCAGAAGACACCUUGGUGCUCACACCAGGGCACUUUCUCAUUGGAGCGGCACUCAACGCAGUUCCUGAAAGCUCACUGUUGGACAUUUCAGCAAGUCGGCUGUCUAGAUGGCAGUUCAUCCAGCAACGAGUGCAACAGUUCUGGCGCAUGUGGUCAACUCAUUACUUGCAGCAAUUGCAAGACAUCUCAAAGUGGCAUCACGCUUAUAACCACAUUCAG